AUGACCAACUCUUUUAAAAACAAGUUGGGGCAAGGAGGCUUCGGUGGCGUAUAUAAAGGGAAGUUACAUGAUGGACGUGUUGUUGCAGUAAAGAUUUUAGCUGAAUCAAAAGGCAACGGCGAAGAAUUUAUCAAUGAAGUCGCAAGUAUCAGUACAACUUCACAUGUUAACAUUGUCAGACUCCUGGGAUUUUGUUUUGAUGGUUCUAAACGUGCUCUGAUAUAUGAGUUUAUGUCUAAUGGAUCUCUUGACAAGUUCAUAUAUCAAGACCAAAAUCCAUUACAGGUUGCUCAUCGAUUGGAUUGCCAGAUAAUGUAUAACAUUGCAAUUGGCAUUGCUCGUGGAUUAGAGUAUUUACACAGAGGUUGCAACACUAGAAUCUUGCAUUUUGACAUAAAACCUCACAACAUAUUACUGGAUGAGAAUUUUAGUCCCAAAAUUUCAGAUUUUGGACUUGCAAAAAUAUGUCCAACAAGAGAAAGUGCGGUAUCCAUUACUGGUGCGAGGGGAACUGCAGGUUAUAUUGCUCCAGAAGUUUUCUGCAGAAACUUUGGCGCCGUGUCACAUAAAUCAGAUGUUUACAGCUAUGGAAUGAUGAUCUUGGAAAUGGUUGGUAGAAGAAAUAAUAUUAAGAUUGAAAUCGAUCGUUCAAGUGAAUUGUAUUUUCCUUAUUGGAUUUACGAUCGUCUUGAAUCAAAUCAAGAGCUUGAUCUGCAAAUUGUAAGGAAUGAAAGUGAUGACAAAAUGAUGAGAAAAAUGGCAAUGGUAGGUUUGUGGUGCAUACAAACUCACCCUUCAAGUCGACCAACAAUAAGUGGCGUGGUGGAAAUGUUACAGAAAAAAGUUGAAUUAUUGGAAUUUCCGCCUAAACCGUUUUUGUCUUCUCCUUCACCAUCUCCGCCUCAUUUAUCACGGGAGACACUAUAG